AUGGCAGAUGAUCCACCAGCUGCAGAAGCAAUUCGCUGUUUAAAGGAUCACUACGAACCAGGUGCAUACAACACUUCAUCUGUAGUUCAGUAUCCUCAAGCAGGGAAGCAAGCAAGCAAACUUCAGGACAUAAUGGAGAUAUUCAAACAGGUGAAAAUUAAUCUCCCAUUGCUUGAUGCAAUUCAGCAAAUUCCAGCUUAUGCCAAAUUUUGGAAAGAUAUGUGUACUCAGAAGAGGCGUUCAAAUAGCCAUGUUCCUAAGAAGGUGCUAUUAACUGAGCAAAUAGGUAAAACCAAGCAACCCCGUGGUGUCAUUGAUGAUGUGAUCAUCAAAGUAGAUAAAUUCUACUUCCCAGUAGACUUUAUUGUGCUAGAUACCGAGCCAGUUCCAGAGUCAAGGAGGCGUAUUCCAGUGAUCCUUGGUCGUCCUUUCCUUGCGACAGCAAAUGUAAGCAUAAAUUAUAGGAAUGACGUCAUGGACUUAUCUUUUGGCAAUAUGAAUGUGCGCUUAAAUAUAUUCAAUUCCAAUCAAUGCCCUUCAGAUGAUAAGGAUUAUUUUUUUGUCGAUACCAUCGAUGAAUGUGUUGAAGAAAUGGUCCCAUUUGCCUUAACAAAAGAUCCACUAGAAGCAUACCUAUCUUACUUUGAUACCGAGUCCUUUGAUGUCGACAAAAGCAUUGAAGAAGUAAAUGUCACUCUUGAUGGAGCCAAUAUGCAUAACAUUCCACCAUGGAAAAUUCCUAUUGAGCCACUUCUACCAUUGUUAAGUGAACCACCUACGCCAUCUUUGAAGUCUCCACCAGAGAUAGAGUUGAAGUCGUACCCUUUCAUUUGA